GCUUUACUUUAACAUUACUUAUAUAUAUGCAUUAUUGUGUUUCAGCCCUUUCCACAUGGGUAUACAAUGUAUGGCACCCAGGUGCCAGUGCAGCAGCAUCAAAGUGGCAAUAUAUUACUUUCACCUAGUUAUAAUCCACGGACCAAUGCCACUGCUCUUCCAAGCUCUGACCUAGUAGAACGGCUACGACAGAUGCAGCAACAGCCCAGUGGAUACUUGCAACAGCAGGGAGCCACCUAUAUACAGUCCAUGGCAAGUAAUCAACGGUUUACUCAUCCAGCUUUGCAGAAUGCUUUGGUUGGAGGAGGUCUUGAGCAAGGAACCACCCAAGUCCCUCACACGAACAUUAACUCAGUGCAACUUAAUCAAGAGCAAGCUAGACAAAGACAGCAGCACAUGCGCCAGCAAAGGCUUAUACAGCUGCAGCAACAACAUUCCCAGCAAGCCAUUGGUCUUCAAGCCAUGCAAGCACAACAGCCUUUGUUCUCCAGACAAGGCUUACAACAAACUCAACAACAACAGCAAACUGCAGCCUUGGUCAGACAGCUUCAAAAACAACUUUCAAGUAACCAGGCACAGCAAGCAGCCAAUUUGUAUGGGGAUCCUUCAAAUUUUUAAGUCUGGACAAGAUUCUAAAAUAUUUUGGUUUUCAUUACAUUGUACAUAUUUCGCAAUCCAGUAUGAGCAAGUUAUAAUGUUUCCAGGUAGUGUGAAUGCUUUCGGAGAGUGUUGCUUUUUCCUUGAAAGAAAAGGUUUUUGGAAAACAAUAUUUUGCUGGCUUGGAAAACAAAAGAAGCAAGUUCUGUGUUUCAUUCUUUUUUAAUACUUAGACAAGGACAUUGUCGAUGUGCUGAUGGACUUACAGAUGCACUGGACCAAACUUCUGAAUUAUAAAAUACUUUCAUAUUUAACUUAAAAUGAUCUUGUAUAAAAGUGGCUGACUUUA